UCAAAUUGCCAAUUCAGCAAUGCAAAUUCUGAGGCAAAGGGUGGGAUGUGGACUAUGAUGCAACUUUGCGUAUAUGAUUUCUAAAAAUAGCCCCUUGGCUGAUGAUGUAAAGGCCGGCUCUAUGGAAUAAAUAGAGCUCGUCUUGGCCACCAAAACUGCACCCUGGCAAGCGCUGAAGGCUGAGUUCUCCCUUUGCUGAGUGUGCAGCUGACAACCGAAUCCAGAAUGGGAUCUCGCUUCCUGGCUGUGAUGCUUGCCCUGCUUCUUCUCUGCCACAUCAGCUACGCAGCUAUCUUUGAUCCGACAAUAGGCUGCAAAUGUGCAAAAGUAAGGUCCAGAUUCAUCCCUCCUUCUCAAUACGAAAGUGUCAGUAUUUUUCCGCCCGGAAGCGCCUGCAACAAGAUGGAAGUAAUAAUCACAAUCAAGGAGAAAAGAACCAAAGUAUGCGUCAAUCCCGAAGUAAAAUGGGUGCAGAAUUUAGUGAAGAUAGUUAAAGGAACUCAAAAGUCUGCUGCUGCAAACCGAAGUCUGUGAUGGCCUCGGAAGGCAAAAGGAUGGAUGGUGCCCCAGCCAGUCCCAAAUGUGAAGCUUGAUACCUUUCCUCUCUGCUUUUCCAAUUCUG